AUGAAUGGGAAUGGAUUCAUCUCGCCAAAUGGUGGAGGGAUGCCUCAGCAGGGCCAGCAGCCAAUGAUUGCACCAAACGGGAUUGGCACCAAUGACCGGAAGCAGUUCAUCAACAUUAUACUGGCAUCCAUUGCAAAAAUUCAGGGCAUGCACUUUAAUGAUGCAAAAACACGGCCGAUCGCACAGCAAUUUGAGAAGUAUGCGUUUACGAACUCGAUAAACAAACAGCAGUAUGUGAAUUUCUUGAAGAGCAAGAUUGCUGGCAUAACGCAGGCAAGAAAGAAUGCAAUUCAAAGGCAGAGACAGAAACAACAACAACAACAAGUACAACAACAACAAGUACAACAAAAACAAGUACAACAACAACAAGUACAACAACAAGCACAACAACAACAAGCACAACAAGUGCAGCAAGCACAGCAAGCACAAAUAUCUCCCCAACAGGGAAAGUUUGCGCCUGGAAUGAUGCAGUCGGCACAAAACCAGUAUGCCUCACAAUUUGCAUCUGGAAACAGCAAUCAGCAGAUGAUGCAGCAAGCACAAGCACAGGUGCAGCAUCUCAAGAUCGAUAUGCAGACCAUGGCGAUCCCCCAGCCGUUGCUCCAGCGUUUGCCGCAGGUAUUUCCGAAAAAUAUGAACAGUUGGGGACAGAUAAUGCCGUAUUUUCGACAUAGUAAGCUGACGCAGAAGGACUUGACAACGAUCAAGCAGGUGUAUGCAGUUCAUCUUCAACUGGUGCGGAAUAAGCAGCAGCAGCAGAGACAGAGGAUUCAGCAGCAAAGUGUGCAAGCAGGUCGGGGUGUUGGAAAUGGUGGAAAUGGAAAUGGAAACGUUAACAAUGCUGGCGUUAGCAAUAAUGGCAUCAACAAUAAUGACAUCAACAACAAUGCGAUCAACAAUGCUGGAGUUAACAAUGCUGCUAUCAACAAUACUGGCAUCAACAAUAAUGCCAUCAACAAUAAUAACAUCUCGAGCAACGUGCCAAGCCCCCAGCAAAUCCUCAUGAUGCAAGGCAGAGCGCAGAACGGCCAGAAUUCCACGCUGCAAAACACAAAUGGCAUGAAUUCGGCCCCCAGGAGCAACCAGCAGCAAAACAUUCCUGCAAUCACUGCCCAGCAGUUGCAGGUGUACAAACAGCAGGCGGUACAGGCAAUAAAGAACCUGCAGGCCGCCGGAAAGCUCCCGGCAACACUCACAAGAGAGCAGGGCAACAUGUAUGCGCGAAAAUACCUUUUCCAUGUUCUCAGUUUGAAACAGAGGAAGCUGAAUGGUCAGUUAGGUGCGAUGAAUGCAGUUCCGGCGGCUCCGCAACGUGUUUCGCAGUUUCAGCAACAGCGGAAGCAGCGGGCAGAGGCACAGGCUCGGCAACGCGGAAGUGUGGGUGCAAGCAAUGCGGGAAGUCAGGGAAACUCUGGAAAUUCUGGAAAUAUGGGUGUUAACAUGAACAUGAACAACAUGAACAACAUGAACUUGGGCAAUGUGAACAUGGGAAACGUGAACAUGGGCAACGCGAGUAAUGUGAAUAAGGUGAAUAAUGUGAGCAACUUGAACAACUUGAACAACUUGACCUCACCCGACAAUUCUGGAAGAACACAGUUUGCGGGACAACUCCCAACGAAUCAAAACCAGGCGCGGCAGCUGGGCCCUGGUGUGGGUUCGAACGCAGCAGUGAGAGGUUUGGGAAGCGGGAAUAGUGGUGCAGGGAUGUCAGGGGUUUCCCAGGGGCCCGGCUUGGCGUCGGCACAAAAAACAGCAGAUGGCCGGACGAUUUUGACACCACGUCUUUUCAAUGGUAUCCGGGCAACGCAGGACGACUGGAAAAGACUUAAGGCGAUAUACAGGGAGACUGCAUCAUCACCAAUAAAUUUGAAAGAUGUGACUGACAGCUUGACGAACACGGAAAAACAACAGAUCAUCCGGCUCGUCAGGCAGCUGCAACAGCUGAUGAUUAUUACGGAGACGGUGAUCAUCCCGAAUUUCUACAUGCUGACCCGGAGCUAUGACGGCACAAAGAAGCUUAUCUACUCAGAGCUGAUGAUCAAGCAAGUUCUGGAAAAGUUAAAGGCAGGAGGGCGUUUUUAUGCAAAUUUGGACCUUCUCACACGGAUCCAGAACCAGAUCACGCGAUUUUUGGGCUACAUCAAGGAACAAAACACCAAACUUGUGAGGAUGCAAAGGCAGCAACCUCGAGCCCAGGCUCAGGUUGGCCUAGGCAUGCCGAAUAGUGCCGUUGGAACACGUGUCAGUCCCGCGGUUGUUUCUCAGCAGUUUAAGGAGUUAGCCGAACAAAGGCAUCAGCCUGCUGAUGAGGGUGAUGGUUUGAAUCAGAAUCAGAAUUUGAAUUUGAGUCAGGGCCAAAAUUUGAACCAGAAUUUGAACCAACAUAUGAAUGCCAAUCAGGGCCAGGCCCAAAAUCAGAAUUUGGGUGCGAACCAAAAUUUAAAUUUGGGCCAAAACCAAAAUUCGAAUCUCAACCCAAGUUUAAAUCUCAACCAAAAUUUGAACCCAAACUUGAAUCAAAAUCUGACCCUCGCGCAAAAUCAUCCCUCGGUUGCCCAGCAGCGAAGAAUGCAGCAGUUUACCGCGCACUCGCUGCAGCCGCAGUAUCUGAACCAGGGAGCCGCCUCGCCCUUGAGCGCCGGCACGCCGAUGGCUGCCACGCCGCUUGGCUCGUCGCCGGGUGCACUGGGCGCCAUGGGUAUCGCGUCUCCGGCUGCGGCUACCCCGCCUACGAGGCGGAGAAGGAAGCCGCGGGCGCGCAAGGGCACUGCGGGUGCGGCAGGCGCUGCGGGCUCUGCCCAGGGUCCACCAGCCGCUGCAGCAGCUGCUGCCUCCGCAGAGGCGCAGGCGCUGAUGAAAGAGAAUGCGGAGCACGUGGCGGCAGUUGGUGCGCGCGCAGUUGCGGCCGACAAGGAGCGCGCAAGGAGGCGCCGGCUCGCUGCGCACGAUGCAGGCCGCUACCUCUUGGCGACUUUGGCCGACUCCUUAAACUUGCCGGAACAGGAAAGAAGAGUGGAGCAGGAGAAGAAGGGAGGAAGUGCAAAUGCAAAUUCUGCAAAUGGAAAUCCGAACUCCGUCUCAAAUCCUUCAAAUACAAAAACAAAAAGUGCCGACUCCGCAUCCCCCGGAUCAUCUAUAUUGACGCCUUCCGCAGUGUUGGCGACGCCGCUUGCAUUUAAUGUCAAAACACCGCUCCCUGCGCGGCUGUAUGACACACCAAAGAUGGGCGCUACGGGUGCGCUGGCGGUGGCGGCGCUAGGUGCAGCGGCCGGUCGCUCGCACUGGACCGGUAAGGUGAGGUCCGCGUGUGUGUCGGGCGCGUUCGAGGGCAUCGUGGGAGACGUGCCGCGCGAUCUCGAGCGCAAGCGGCUUGUCGGAAAGGAUUUGAUUGGCCUCGUGUAUCCGACACCGCCAGACGAUGACGCUUCCGCCACUUCGAAGCGCCGCAAGUUGAGCGGCUCCGAAGUCGGAAAUGCCCUCGCGACUCCGACCCCUCUUAAGUCCGAGGGCGAUGCUCCUGACUUGAGGUUGGACCUCGACAAGUUUUGGGACUUCGACCGCGUGUGA